CGAUGGCGACUUCAUUCAACAGAUCAGUGAAGUCCCACAGCGCUCAAACUGUGCAGGACUACAGAUGUGAGGCUCUCGGAAGAGUCAAACAUCUGGUUUCAUCGCGUAUCUACGCUCCUGUCGCUUACCUGCUACAGACAGAAAUAUGAAAACAUGGCAGUUAAAGCCAGAAAAUCAAAUGCCAAGGACCAGAGCAGCGAGAAGGACAGGAGUCAGUCCGCGUCGGGGAAAAGCAAGCGUGCCAAAGAUGGGAAGGGCUCGGCUUCCCAGAGUAAAAACGGACUUUUUCCAGGGUUAAUUAGAAGCAAAGUAGGUUUGAGCCCCUCCGCUUUUGCAAGAGGAAUAUCAGUGUUGGUUCUCGCUAUUAUUGUGGGAUUUUUACACUGGUAUCAUCUCUCACAUCUGUUUGAAAAUGACAGACAUUUUUCACACAUGUCGUCUUUGGAAAAGGAGAUGGCCUUUCGAACAGAAAUGGGACUAUAUUACUCCUACUUCAAGACCAUCAUUAAGGCUCCUUCUUUCAUGGACGGUCUUUAUAAAAUCAUGAACGAUCGUCUCACUGAAUAUCCUCUGGUGAUAAACACUCUGAAGAGGUUUAACUUGUACCCUGAGGUGGUCUUGGCCAGCUGGUACAGAGCAUACACUAGCACAAUGGAUUUCUUUGGGAUCCCUACCAAGAUGUGUUGGACUAUCAAUAGAGGGGAGGGUCUAGAUCCGGUGGAGAGCUGUGAAGGUCUGGGGGAUCCUGCUUACUUUUAUGUCACAUUUGUGUUCCUGUUAAAUGGGGCAAUGAUGAGCCUCUUCUUCAUUUAUGGAACAUAUCUGAGUGGCAGUCGACUGGGUGGCACUGUUACAGUUCUGUGUUUCUUCUUUAAUCAUGGAGAGAGUACUCGGGUCAUGUGGACACCACCUCUGAGAGAGAGCUUCUCCUACCCCUUCCUGGUUCUGCAGAUGCUUCUGCUCACUUACAUCCUCCGGACAAGGAACCCAAGCAAGAAUACCAUGAUGGCUCUGGGGAUCUCCAAUAUUUUCUUCAUGCUGCCAUGGCAGUUUGCUCAGUUUGUCUUGCUUACCCAGGUGGCAUCCCUUUUUGCUUCAUAUAUCCUGGGAUAUCUGAGUCCGACAAAAAUGCAGUCUGUCUUAGUAACUCACAUGAUCUCCUUAGUCGUCUGUUUUUUUUUAAUGUUCGGGAACUCAAUGCUCUUGACAUCCUUCUACGCCUCUUCACUGAUCUCCAUCUGGGGGGUAAUUGCACUCAGGGGUUGUUUGGUUGGUAUAUUCAAACCUGGACUCUUCACAUGGGUCAUGCAGUGCCUUGCAUGGGUGGUCUCCACUGUCAUUCUGAAGUUCAUGCUUUCAGUGGUCUUUGGGGCAUCAGAUGAUGCCCACAUCAGCAGUCUGAUCAAAUCCAAGUUCACAAGCUACAAAGACUUUGACACGAUGAUGUACACGUGUGCUGCUGAGUUUGACUUCAUCGAAACAGAGACUCUCAUCCGGUACAUCAAAACCAUGCUGCUUCCAAUUAACCUGCUGAUUGUGGGUUUUAUCGCUGGAAGGGCUAUAAAGGACAUUGUGUUUCUCAGAAAUAAAACUGCAGAAAAGUCAGAGGAUGAUGAAAUGGAGCAGAGCCAGAUGUUGGCGAAGGGAGUGUUGGUGUAUCACAGUCUGCAGCUGGUGGCGUUUGCAGUGCUGGCUGUGCUCAUCAUGAGGCUGAAGCUCUUCCUCACUCCUCAUAUGUGCAUCAUGUCUUGUCUGAUCUGCUCCAGACAGCUGUUCGGCUGGGUAGGAGAGAAGUUUAAACUUCAGCUGACGGUCGUGGGAAUAUUAUCCAUCAUGGCAGUCCAAGGAGUCGCAAACCUGCAGAGUCAAUGGGGCAUCAUAGGAGAAUUCAGUAACUUUCCUCAAGAAGAGCUCCUGGAGUGGGUCAAAGACAACACAAGCCCUAAUGCUGUGUUUGCUGGUGCAAUGCCCACCAUGGCGAGUGUGAAACUGUCCACAGGAAGAGCCAUAGUGAACCACCCACAUUAUGAAGACGCAGGAUUGAGAGAAAGAACAAAGAUGGUGUAUGCCAUGUACAGCCGAAAGCCAGCUGAGGUAGUGAAGCGAAACUUAAUAAAGCUGCAGGUGGACUAUUUCAUCCUUGAAGACUCGUGGUGCACCAGACGCUCCAAGCCUGGUUGCAGCAUGCCUGAGAUCUGGGACGUGGAGGAUGCACAAAAUGCAGGGAAAGUGCCACUUUGCACUCUCAUGUGGAGGGAUUCACGUCCUCACUUCUCCACCGUCUUUCACAAUGACAUUUACAAAGUCCUGCGAGUUCCCAAAACAGUGAGAGAUAUGAGAUAACAGAAGUUAUCCCCUUACCUUACUGUUUUCCUGUCUUUGAUAUGUGCGUGUGUGUGUACACAGCAAGGAUUAUUUUUGUAAAGGUCAGAUGUGUUUCUUGAGCCCUGGACUUGGGUGUCUGUUUUGUUUUGAUAAGCUGUUAGAGAUGUUGGAACCGCUGUGAGAGUCGAUAAGUAUUGAAUCACCCCUUUUUACUGAAAGGAUUAGUUCACCCAAAAAUGAAUUAGCUGAAAAUGAGCUCCAUCUAAGAUGUAGAUGAGUUUGUUUCUUCAUCAGAACAGAUUUGUCCAUACAGACUUCUGUUAUUUCUGAUGGCACCCAUUCACUGCAGAGGAAACAUUGGUGAGCAAGUGAUGAAAUGCUUAAUUACUCCAAAUCUGUUCUGAUGAAGGAGCAAACUCGUCUAUGCCUUGGAUGGCUUGAGGGUGAGUCAGUUUUAAACAUAUUUUAUUAUUAUUAACUAUUCCUUUAAUUAUCGGUUCUCAUGCUUGUUAAAAUGAUUUUUAUUUGUUUAACUGUGAUUUUUGCCAUCAAUGGUGCUGCUGUUGGCCGGUUGCAUAUGGUCCAGACAAUUGUUUACUUAAAUCAUUUCACUUUUUGUGCAUAAAAUAUUUUUACACUCUUGGAUUUUCAACCUGUGACGUUUUGUAAAACUCUGUGUAUAGUUUUCACAUUUACAUUUGCUUUGGGCAGAUGCUCUUACCAAAGUGACCUAUAAAAAGUUAUAUCGUUUGAGGGAGGAUUAUUAUAGUCUCUAGUGUUAUUAUUUUUUUUUUAUCUGCAAACUUACUUUUAUUAGUCAAUGGUUGUAAAAAAAAAAUAACUGCUUGUUACUCUCUGGUGUGUGUAAAUCAUGAUCAGUAUUAGCAAUCAUAUUUUUUAAUUAUGUUUUUAAAAAUGUAUUGCUCGGCUGUAUUUUCAUUUGGAUCAUGUUGGUUUCUUUACUGAAGUUUACCAUUGCUAGUGUUGCGUUCAUUUUCCAAGAGUAAAGAAAUGGCAACAGACAAGGUUUUUUUCCCAAUUCCAAAGUUUUGACAUCAUGUAGUAAAAAUAGUCCUUUAAAAAAACAAGCUGAAGGACUGUAAUCACUGCCGUAGUAUUAUUAAAGAUAUCAAUUUGUAGCAUGUGUUCUGUUGGAAUUCAGAAGUGUCCUUUACAUUUCAAUUGGCAUGCAUGUAAAGUGUUCAAGAACUUUUUUUUUUUUUCGUUUUAUCAGAUGUGAGGAACUUUUUAUUAUAUCAAUUAAAUGUUUUUUUUUUUGUUGAGUCAA